AUGGGGGUAAAUCCGGGUAGCAGAAUUUCUGUCCUGAGAGAGAGAGGAGCCCGCGUGGUGCGAGUAAGCAGGCUGACCACAGAAAAGCAGUGCCGGCGAGCUUGCAAGGGCCCGGCUGCUUCAGGUAAUCGCCACUGCAAUUGGUCUGUGCCCUACCAGAAUCGCUGCCUCCUCCUGCGGUGUCGCAAGUUAAGUGUGUGUCAGAGUGCUGGAGAACAAGACAUCCACGAUCUGCUUGGAGAAAUUGUCCUUAGGAAAAGGAGAACAGACUUGUUUCACCACCAGAGGUAUCCAGAGCAGAUGGAGAAGACAGUAAAUGCAGUGGUUGACCAACACAGCACAGAAAAUCUGCUUUCCUCAACAACUUGGACUGUCAGGAUUCACUCAAGGCAGUUGCUCAAUGUGGAAAGUGGUGCUGGAACAGCAGAUGCAGGAAAAACAACUGCAGUCAAUGCAGCCACCACCACAGACACUGCCAGCACUGCUGCAGCUGCAACCACAAUCGGUACAAAUGCUUCCAUCUCCUCUGCAGUUCCUGUAACAAGUGUUAAGGCUACAACUGCCCCUGUCGGUGGUGCCCUUAAAUCCAUAUUUUCCACUGCCUCUUCUCUAACUCACAAUACCAUCACUGCUUCCGUAACCAAUAAUGUCACUAAGCUUGUGACCACUGCGGAAAAAUCAGGAAAUAAGAGCGCUGGGUCAGUAUCAGAAUCCCCUUCUCCUCCCCCUACUGCUGAGCCUGGAACGGGCCCUCAGGUGACUCCAGAGCAGCGCUCGAGCCCAGCUCCCAGCACAGCCAGCGCUUCCCGCCCUGGGAAUGCCACCGCGGCCGGAGGGCACUCACAGGUACCGAGCACAAGCACAACUGCAACCACCCUCACCCCGCUGGAUGCCCAAGCGUCAGCGACCGCUGCUGCUCGUGCUACUGCCCUCGCUACCUCUGUGAGUUCACAUUCCAGUAAUCCAGCACCUACCGUCACGUCACCAAAUCCAGGGCCAGAAGGAAGUACAGCCACAACAUCCUGGAAUAAAUUGACUUCUUUUCUGAGUUCUACAAGUGCAAUGGUUUCAACAACUGCACCUGCAACAGAAGCUACGACUGGACAUGAGACAAAGUCAGUGUCUCCCAUCGCCUCUACUGGGCAAAUGACAACAGCUCCAGCAAAUGCCCCUGCAACCACAGCUCCAGCAACUGCUGGAGCGCAGGGCACCGACGAGGAGUAUCUUCUCAUUGCUGCUGAGCCUCUGACUCACUACCUGGUAGACAAAAGUUCGCUUCUCGCAGUGCUUUUAUUUGGUACAGUGUUUUUCAUAACUGUUAUAGUUGUCUUCCUUAUGCAGGCCUAUGAGAGCUACAAAAAGAAGGACUACACACAGGUGGAUUACCUGAUCAAUGGAAUGUACGUGGACUCGGAGAUGUGAACGGAUGGGGAUAAAACACAGGGCAGAGAGCUGGAAAGGAGAUGGAAAGCCUGUCUGACUUGUUUUUCUUUCCCAUUUGCCUAUAAGACAAACUGAAAGUGCUUCCAAAUUUACUUCUGGUGCAAUUUAGGAGAAA